AUGGAAGAUACAGAGGAUGCUGAACGAUUAGAAUUGGGUGAUUUCAAAGAUAAGACAUGCUUGACCAUUUCCGAAGUUGCCCAUAUUCUCCAACGAAAGAAGGAGGAAUUGGAAAAGGAACAAUCCGAUUUUAUUAAUGAUAUUUUCGAUAAAAGCAUUUCAUAUUCUAAACGAUUUGGAGGUGGAUUGAGUUACGAGAGUGCUCUCGAUAUCAAAACAACACUGGCAAGACAAACUUUGGCAUUGAAAGACUCCCAAGACAGGAAAAAGCUUGUGUCGUUCCAAAUUGCACAACUUGCAAAUCUAAUGCCAGGUGAUGCAGAAGAAGCCAUCACCCUCAUUCCAAGUUUAAGAGUUUUUGAUGAAUCUGAGAUUGAAAAGAUACUCAAAGAUAUGGAAACUAGGAAAGGUUAUUAA